GAAAGUGAUAAACGACUGGCGGAACAUAUCACAUAUGUGCACAUGAAAGGACGUGAACCAGAUAAAGAAGGAAUGAAGCCUCUCGAUAUGUCAUUGAUGAGGCGUUACAUUGCAAUCUGUAAGCGAAAACAGCCGGUUCUUGAUGAGAGACUGCGCGAUCGACUUGUGGAUAUGUAUGUGGACCUACGAAAGGAAGCACGAACUAACAAAGAUUCAACUUUUGUUUCGGCACGAAGUUUGAUGGCAGUUAUACGUUUGAGUACAGCUCUUGCUCGCCUUCGCCUAGCAGAUGAAGUGGACACCGUAGACAUAGAUGAAGCCAUUCGUCUUCUUGAGGUAUGCCCAGUUGUUUUUUUAGCCAAACCGUUACCGUUUUGGUAG